GGGCCGGGAGGGGAAGGGGCGGCGGAGCCGGGCCGGGCCGGGGGGUCCCGGCCGUGCGGAGGAGAGCGGUGAUCUGCGCCGGGAGGACCGGAGCGUCCCGGCGGCGUCGGGACCAUGACUCUGGAGUCCAUGAUGGCUUGUUGCCUGAGCGACGAGGUGAAAGAGUCGAAACGAAUCAACGCCGAGAUCGAAAAGCAGCUGCGGAGGGACAAACGCGACGCACGGCGAGAGCUGAAACUGCUGCUGUUGGGCACUGGGGAGAGUGGCAAAAGCACGUUCAUUAAGCAAAUGCGUAUCAUUCAUGGCUCAGGCUACUCUGAAGAGGACAAAAAAGGUUUUACCAAGCUGGUAUAUCAAAACAUCUUCACUGCCAUGCAGUCCAUGAUCAGGGCCAUGGAAACCCUGAAGAUUCUGUACAAAUAUGAACAGAACAAGGCCAACGCAGUCCUGAUCCGGGAGGUGGAUGUAGAAAAGGUCAUGACGUUUGAGCAGCCCUACGUAAGUGCAAUUAAAACCUUGUGGAACGACCCUGGAAUACAGGAGUGUUAUGACAGAAGAAGAGAAUACCAACUUUCUGAUUCAGCUAAAUACUAUCUGAGCGACGUGGAUCGUAUCGCCACCCCAGGAUAUCUACCAACUCAGCAAGAUGUGCUACGGGUUCGAGUUCCUACGACUGGGAUCAUAGAGUACCCCUUUGACCUAGAGAAUAUCAUCUUCAGAAUGGUGGAUGUUGGAGGUCAGAGAUCAGAACGGAGGAAGUGGAUCCAUUGCUUUGAAAAUGUGACUUCCAUCAUGUUUUUAGUAGCACUUAGUGAAUACGACCAAGUUCUGGUGGAGUCUGAUAAUGAGAACCGGAUGGAAGAGAGUAAAGCCCUCUUCCGAACCAUCAUCACUUAUCCCUGGUUCCAAAACUCGUCAGUUAUCCUCUUCCUGAACAAGAAGGAUCUGUUGGAAGACAAGAUCCUCUAUUCCCAUCUCGUUGACUAUUUCCCAGAGUUUGAUGGCCCGCAGAGGGACGCGCAGGCAGCCCGCGAGUUCAUCCUCAAGAUGUUUGUGGAUUUGAAUCCAGACAGUGACAAAAUCAUCUACUCCCACUUCACGUGUGCCACGGACACGGAGAACAUCCGCUUCGUCUUCGCGGCCGUGAAGGACACCAUCCUACAGCUCAACCUGAAGGAAUACAACCUGGUUUGACCCCUCGGCGGUGAAAAGACCCCACAAAAGAGAAAAAAAAGAGAGGAAAAAAAAAAAAGAAAAAAAGAAAAGAAAAGAAAGAGUGAUUUUAAACGUGACAGGAAAGAAAAAAAAACAAACAAAAAAACAACCAACCAACACAAUGUUUUAAUUUUGGAUGCUGUCAUGGUUGCCAAUUUGUCUGAGCUGUGCAGUGCUGGCUGUGAGCUGCAGCCUCCUGUCUCUGUCCGCAGAGCAGCCCAUUGAUUUCUGUUCCUACCCAACGCUUCUCUCACAGUCGAUGGGGAUACGCCUCAUUCCUUCAGCACCUUGCUCACUUCUUAAUCGUUGCCAAGCAGCUGCGGCCGCCUCAUCUCCAGCUUUUUUGGUUCGGUCUGGUUUGUUGGGUUUUUUUUGUUGCUUCGCCACUAUUUUUAUUUUUAAUUAUUUCCCCUUUUCGUUCCCAUGCUGUCUGUAGAAAAAGUCGCUUCCCAGCCGAGGUCGUGGAGUCGCUGGGCUGUGGAACGCAGUGCUGCUGCUCCCUUUGCCUUGUGCUGCAGGGCGCCCUGGCUGUGAGCUGCUCAUCCUGCUUGCUCCCCCUUCCCCAGGUCGCGCUCCAUGCUUCACUGUGAUGAAACAUUGGGGAACAACAGCUGCUCUCCCACUGUUGUGCAAAAAAAAACCCCCACCAUCCCAAACCACACACAAAAAAAGGCAAAACGCACCCAGAAAAAGAGCCAAGCCAUCGCUUUUCCAUCCCUUACAUCUUCUGAGUUACUGUCUUCUUUUUUAUCUCUUAUCAACCAUAAAUUUACGGAGACUGCAAUCUUUUAAGCUCUCGAUGCUCUGCGCCUCGCUGGCAGCACAGAGCUGCGUUUUGCUCAUGGGCCGCAAAGGCUGGGAGCUCCUGGAGCGGCAGCUGCUGAGCCUGGGGAAGUGCCUGACUCUCGCUGCUCAUUUUCCCCCCUCUUUCUCUUGUUUUUUAAUUAUCUGUGUAAUUAUUGCACGCACACGCGCCGUCCCCUCUCACACGGCAGCAGCUCCCUUCUGUUGAGCAGAGCCCCCGCCAUCCAUGGGGCAGAGCCGUGGGGCUCAGGCUGCGGCGCUGCGCUGCUCAGUGCCGGCCUCUCGUUCUGUUGUAGCAGCAAACAAGCCUUGCUCAUUGCAUCUCGGCGCUGCAGGUGGCUUCUAGGAGUCCUGGUUUUUAGGAAGGAGCAGAGCUGGCGCUCGCAGCCUUUGUGAGGUGGGAUUCUUAGCAGCAGGCCCUGGAGGAGCCGUGUGCUCCCUGCUCUUGCUGUGUUCCCCAGGCGGCUGCCGCUUUGUUUGCCGUUCAGAGCAGGGCUGGAUCCUCCCUGCAGGCUCCCGGGGGAUCGCGGUGCUGAGGGCUGAUGGCCGUGGGGUCAGGAGGUGGCACAGAGGUGCUGCGUUCCAGGGGCCAAAGCUGUGCUCUGCAGGAGGCGACGCUUUGGGGCUGGGUCCCAGGUGCUGAGAUUGGAGGCCUGGAGAACAACUGCAGUCAGCAGGGAAGGGGGGGGACCCGACCCAGCUCUGCCUCUGCAUCCUGUAGCUGUUGCAGAUGCUUCUGCUCCGAUCCCAACCGGCAGCAUUGGGUCCAAACCCACUGAACGCCUCCUGGGAGGUCGGUGCCCCCCGGGGGCCGGGGCUCUUUUGUCUCCCUUGCAGACAGCGGGGUGCUUUGCUUUCCAACACUACAGCCCAGGGGCCGCUGUUGGAGGGGUUCUGCUUUGCAGCCCCUCGUGUCGGCUGAGGGAUCCCCGCCUGUCAGCCGGCCGCACGCUGAUCUCAUUGCUUUGGUUUCUGUAGGUUGUUUGGGUUUUGUUUUUGUUUCUUUUUUAAUCUUUACACCAAAAAAGGGCCGUUUGAUGGCGCCCCCCCCCAGACAGGCGCUCAUGGUCGCCUCCAUGCGCAUCCAGGCGCUGUCUGUCCCCAGUGCAGCACCAGGCUCCCAUUCCCCCCCCCAAGGUUUCACACUACAACAGGAAACGCUCCUGGAGCUCUGCAGCUCCAUUUCCAGGAGGGAAACUUGAAGUCAAUGAGUUGAGGACCACCCCCCCCCCCCCCAGAGCCGGGUUCUUUGCUCUCUUAUCGCUUCCUACCAACGUCAGCAUUGCCUUCGAGUAUGGUUCAGUUUGGUUUUUAUUUUUAUUUUUAUUUUUUUUUUUCCCUUCCUGUGUUUUAAUUUUUUAAUAAUAAUAAAUAUUAUAUAUAUAUAUAUAUAU